CCAGAAUGUGUUUUUGAACUGCUUGACCUUAUUUGACCAUCUCAUGCUCGCGCCGGCCGGUCACAACUUGCUCCGGUCUACUCCUCAACCUGAGCGGUUUGCUCCAAGAAGGCGUGCCUUUGCUGCGGGUGUGGGGCUUUCAGCUGCCUGCUUCGCCGGAAGUGCGACUCCUGCCACACGGCGAGGUGUGGUUACUUCGUCCUGCGUCGCGUGCGCGGUGUCGCGAGCCACGAAGAAGGAGCCAUGGCGCAGGCGGAAGAAUUCGCAGCUCUAUCGUGAGCUCGAGGAAGGCCGAGCUUCUCCCGUGGAAGCUCCCCGGCCACGUCAGCGGAAGCCAGAGGUCUUAGCUCCUGCGGGUGGUUGGCCCCAGCUCCGUGCCGCCGUGCGGAAUGGUGCCGAUGCGGUGUACUUCGGGCUGGACGUGGGGCUCAACGCGCGGGCGCGGGCGGCGAACUUUGGACGAGAGGACCUGCCAGAGGUGAUGAAGUACUUGCACUCUCAUGGAGUGAAGGCUUACGUCACCUUGAACACGCUGGUCUUUGACCAUGAGCUUUUCGACACGCCAGAGAACUUGGUGCGCGCGGGCGGCGGCGCAGCCAUCGAGGCUCUACAGGUCGUAGCGGAGGCCAAGGUUGAUGCCUUGAUCGUGCAAGAUAUUGGGCUGGCCUUACUGUGCCGAGAGUUGUGUCCGGAGAUCCCAGUCCAUGCAUCCACACAGAUGUCCAUCACUUCUGCCCCAGGGGCCUUGUUCGCAGCCAACGCCCUGGGCGCAACGCGUGUGGUGCUGGGCCGCGAGCUGAGCCUGGAGGAAAUCACGUCCGUGGCGGCUGAUGUGGGUGACCUUGAGGUGGAGGUCUUCGUGCACGGUGCGCUUUGCGUCUCUUACAGCGGCCAGUGCUUCUCGUCGGAGGCGUGGGGUGGUCGUUCCGCCAACCGCGGGCAAUGCGCCCAAGCCUGCCGUUUACCCUACGGCCUCGUGAAGGAUGGUGAGCUGAUCGAUUUGGGCGACGCCCAGCGCUAUUUGUUAUCUCCGCAAGAUCUGAUGGCUUUGGACUACGUCCCCGAGCUCAUUGAUGCAGGCGUGGGCUGCUUCAAGAUCGAAGGAAGGCUGAAGGGCGAGGAGUAUGUGGCGCUCACCACCGCCGCCUAUCGUCAGGCGAUCGACCGGGCUUGGCCCGACGACGCGGGCGGCGCCGCCAACGCCUUCGGCCUCGCCGGGGCGCAGCUGUUGGGCGACGCGCGGACGGCGCGGACGGCGCUGGCGCAGCUCUUUGCGCGAGGGCAGGAUGAAGAGCAUGACGGUCUAUCACCUGGCUUCCUGGAAGGUCCCAAGCAUCAACGUUUGGUGCGUGGGAAGGCUCCGAAGCACCGUGGGGUGCUACUGGGUGAGGUGCGAGCCGUUCAGAGUGCCACGGCAUCCUUCGCUCUCCAGUUGGCGCCAGGUGCCAUUGAGGUGCCGUUGCGGCCAGGGGCGGGCAUUUUCUUCGACCAAGACAUCGAGCUGGGAGAAGAUGCUGAAGUCUUAGGAGGCACCGUCUCGAAGCUCCGCCGUGUGGGGGCCGGGCCGGUGGCCACCAGUGCCGGCCUGGCCGCGGGCGAGGUGCUUUUGGUUCGCCUGAACUUUGGGGAGAAAGCAGCGGAGAAGCAGCAGCAAAUGGAGGCUGUGAAGGUGGGCGACCUGGUUUGGAGAAACAAAGACCAACUUCUGGAGGAGCAAGUUCGACAACUAUCUUUGGUGAAUUUGCCCAUUUUCGAGGAGCUGGACGUCGCGCCGUCGCCCCGUGAACUGGACCACUUGCAGCCCGGCCACCCGGCCGUCCUUGCCGCUCUCCAGCGCCUCGUCGUGGACGCCCCGCCGCGUCCGCCCGCGGACGCCGCGGUCCGGCGCGGCGGCGCCGCGCCGCGCUUGGCGGUGCUGUGUCGCACGGCAGCCCAGGCGGAGGCGGUGCUGCAGCUGCCGAGAGGCAUGGUCUAUGAGCUUCAGUUGGAUUUCCUGGAAGCACAUGGCCUUGAGGAGUCUGUUCAACGGGCUAAGGACUGCCAGCAACGUGUGGCAGUGUGUUUGCCCAGAGUCUUGAAGCCCAACGAGGACCGGCUCUGGCGCUUUUACCAGCGGCUGCAGGCCGACGCGCUGCUGGUGCGAAGCUGUGGCGCGCUGCAGCAGCUCCUGGAGAGCAAACAGCAGACCGAACUCGUGGGAGAUUUCAGCCUGAAUGCCGCCAAUGCGGUGACCUGUGCCUUUUUCCUGUCCAACGGCUUGACGCGUCUCACGACCAGCUACGAUCUGAGUGCGCAGCAGAUUUGUCAACUGGCGAAGCGUUUGGGGCCGGAGCGGGCGGCACGUCUGGAGGUGGUGGCGCAUCAGCACUUGCCGAUCUUCCACACCGAGCACUGCGUUUUCUGCCGCUUCUUGAGCAAUGGCAACGACUACCGUGACUGCGGCCACCCUUGUGAGCGGAAUGAUUUGCACUUGAGAGACUCCAAUGGCAAGGACCACAAGGUCCUGGCGGACAUGGGCUGCCGGAACACCGUGUUCAAUGCCAAGGCGCAAUCUGCAGCCAUGGACCUGGCAGCCUUCGCCAAUGCACAGGUGGGCUUCCUCCGCCUGGAGCUCGUCGACGAGGGCCCUGAGCAGGUGCAACCGCUGGUGAAGCGCUACCAGGCGGCGGCCGCCGGGCGACUGAGCGCGGAGAAGCUUUGGCGCUUCGUGGCGUCCCUACCUGACUCCAACGGACGCCGCCAGGGCGUCGAGCGCGGCUCCCUGGACGAUGGCGCCUGGCGCGACCGGGAGGCCAGCGAGAUGAAGGUGCCAGCAGCAACGAAAUCAUCCCGGCUCUGAGGAGGGCGGCCAGACCGAAACAAAUACAUCAAAUACCAACACAAAAC